UGACAUUUUAACAGUCGUUCAAGUUUCAAGUCGUCGGGGGUAUAUUGAAUGAUCGGCGUCCGUAGGAAAACUCCUGUGACCUCGGGGUGUUCCAACGGAAGAAGAAAAACAUCAUCUUUAUACAGUGAGGGUUAUCAUCGAAAAUGUCCACCGCCCUCUUAGCCAUUAUCGCUGUCAUAUUGUGUGUUCUCUUUCGGAUAUUAAAUGUAAACAGUCAACCUCAACGUCCGUCCAUUUGGUGUUCAGAUAAAACGUUUUUUGAGAGCAUCUUAAGGAUAUCGCCACUUUUAGAAGAAGAAUACAUUCCUACAAGAUUAUGGGGUUUCAGCGGUCAUGUUCAAACGAUUCUUCACAGCAUCGUCGGCCGUGUAAAAUGUCCGUGGCCAACGGGAGAAAGAACUUAUCUUUAUUUAACAGAUAAUGCCACGUUAACAUACGAUUUGUAUCAACCGUUAGGGGCCGCGUAUGAAGAUGAAAUUACUAUCGCGGUUUGUCCAGGAAUUGGAAAUACUUCAGAGAGCGUUUACGUUCGAACUUUUGUCCAUUUAGCUCAAUGUCACGGUUAUCGAUGUGCCGUUUUGAACCAUGUCGGAGCUUUAAGAAGUGUACCAGUUACUUCACCAAGAAUUUUUAGCUAUGGUAAUACAAAUGACUUCCACGAAAUGUUGAAUCAUCUCACCGGAAAGUAUCCAGAAAGUAAGUUUCUUUGCGUUGGUUUUAGUUUGGGUGGUAAUCUUAUAACAAAAUAUAUGGGUGAAACUGAUCGCGAACGGCCUUUAGGAAUAAUUGGUGCGAUUUCUGUUUGUCAAGGAUACAAUGCAAUUGAGGGAACGAAAUAUUUAUUAAACUGGCAAAACUUUCGUCGCUUUUACCUUUACAUAAUGACCGAAAACAUGAAAACCAUUAUAUUACGUCACAGGACAGUUUUGCUGUCGGAUGAAAUGAAAUCGCGUUUUAAAUUAAACGAACACGAAAUUAUUUCCGCCGCUACAUUACCGGAACUUGAUGACGCUUACACAAAACGGGUACAUUCGUUUAAAACCAUUUCGGAUUUAUAUAAAUGGAGCUCAAGUAUUAAUUAUUUAAAUAAUAUUAAUAAUACUGCAACUCCAAUGGUGUUUAUUAAUUCUUUGGAUGAUCCAAUAGUUCCAGAUGCGCUUUUAGAUCCAAUACGGAAUUAUGCUGAGACGCACAAUAACACUUUAUACAUUCAGUUAGCACAUGGAGGUCAUUUGGGAUUUUACGAAGGCGGACUAUUGUAUCCAAAUCCAGUGACGUGGCUCGAUAGAGCUUUAGUUUCAUUAAUUGGAAGCUUAAUGUUACAUCACAACGACGUUCCGAUGAAAUCUGACGCUCAUCUACUGUCUCAACCAUUGUGAUAUUGUUAUAAUAGUAUUAUUUUGUAUGAAAGGAAAAAUUAAUUUAUUUGCUAUUUGAGACUUACAUAUUAGUAGCUUAAAUGUUUCGCUUAAAAGUUAUUAUUAUUAAUGCACAUUAUAAAAAAUUUAGACGGA